UGUUGUGUGUUUGCAGGGCAGGUACAACGUGUUCUUCUGCUCAGCAGCCGGAUCCUAAGCCUCUCACAGGAAGCGCUGAGGAUCCACGUCGCCAAAAGAAAAUGCGUUUUCUCUCCAGGUUGAGUUUAAGAGAAGCCCGACGAGGGCAACAGGGAAGCGGAUUAUUUCACCGGACAGCACGGCUGAGACUCACUGACGUGGAACCAUGCCUCUGCGGUUGGACAUUAAGCGGAAGCUGUCGGCUCGCUCAGACCGGGUGAAGAGCACCGACCUGCACCCCACUGAGCCCUGGAUGGUGGCCAGUCUGUACAGCGGCACCGUGGUGGUGUGGAACCAUGAGACACAGAUGAUGGUGAAAACCUUCGAGCUGUGUGACCUGCCUGUCAGAGUGGCCAUUGUAGCCAGGAAGCACUGGGUCAUCGCCGGAGCAGAUGAUAUGCAGAUCCGAGUGUUUAAUUACAACACUCUGGAGCGAGUUCACAUGUUCGAGGCUCACUCCGACUACAUCCGCUGCAUCGUGGUGCAUCCCAGCCAGCCCUAUAUCCUCACCAGCAGCGAUGACAUGUUGAUCAAGCUGUGGGACUGGGAGAGGAAGUGGACGUGCAGUCAGGUGUUUGAGGGACACACUCACUACGUCAUGCAGAUCGUCAUCAACCCCAAAGACAACAAUCAGUUUGCCAGCGCCUCUCUGGACAGAACCAUUAAGGUGUGGCAGCUCGGCUCCAAGACCCCCAACUUCACUCUGGAGGGCCACGAGAAGGGAGUGAACUGUAUCGAUUAUUACAACGGAGGAGACAAGCCCUACCUCAUAUCGGGGGCCGACGACCGCCUGGUCAAGAUCUGGGAUUAUCAGAACAAAACGUGUGUUCAGACGUUGGAGGGUCACGCCCAGAAUGUGACCUGCGUGUGUUUCCACCCCGAGCUGCCAAUCAUCCUCACCGGCUCCGAGGACGGCACUGUUCGGGUGUGGCACUCCAACACCUACCGGCUGGAGAACACUCUGAACUACGGCAUGGAGCGGGUCUGGUGUAUCUCUGGACAGGCGGGGUCCAACAGUGUGGCGCUGGGCUACGAUGAAGGCAGCAUCAUCAUCAAGAUGGGACGGGAGGAGCCGGCCAUGUCCAUGGACUCCAGUGGGAAGGUGAUGUGGGCGCGUCACUCCGAGGUGCAGCAGGCCAACCUGAAGACCAUGGGGGAGGCGGAGGUGAAGGACGGGGAGAGGCUGUCUCUGGGCGUCAAGGACAUGGGAAGCUGUGAGAUCUUCCCCCAGACCAUCCAGCACAGCCCCAACGGGAGAUUUGUAGUGGUGUGUGGCGACGGAGAGUAUAUCAUCUACACCGCCGUGGCUCUGAGGAACAAGAGCUUCGGCUCGGCUCAGGAGUUCGUCUGGGCCCACGACUCCUCACAGUAUGCAGCGAGAGAGAGCGGCAGUAUGAUCAAAAUCUUUAAGAACUUCAAAGAGAAGAAGACAUUUAAACCUGACUUUGGGGCUGAAGGUGUCUUUGGAGGCUUCUUGCUGGGCGUGAGGUCAAACAGCGGCCUGGCCUUCUACGACUGGGAUAACACUGAGCUGAUCCGCCGCAUCGAGAUCCAGCCCAAACAUAUCUUCUGGUCUGACUCUGGGGAGCUGGUGUGCAUCGCGACAGACGAGUCUUUCUUUGUGCUGCGUUACCUUCCGGAGAGAGUGGCCGCGGCUCAGGAGAACAAGGAAGACGUAACCGAGGACGGGAUAGAGGGCGCCUUCGAGGUGCAGGGGGAGGUCUCUGAGGUGGUGAAGACGGGGGUCUGGGUGGGAGACUGCUUCAUCUACACCAGCUCUCUGAACAGACUCAACUACUACGUUGGAGGAGAGAUCAUCACCAUCGCUCACCUGGACAGGACCAUGUACCUGCUGGGCUACAUCCCCAAGGACGACCGCCUGUACCUCGGAGACAAAGAGCUGAACGUCAUCAGCUACGCCCUGCUGCUGUCCGUGCUGGAGUACCAGACGGCCGUCAUGAGGCGGGACUUCAGCACGGCCGACAAGGUGUUACCCACAAUCCCCAAGGAGCAGAGGACCAGAGUAGCCAACUUCCUGGAGAAACAGGGCUUCAAGCAGCAGGCCCUGGCCGUGUCCACUGACCCAGAACACAAGUUUGAACUGGCCCUGCAGCUGGGAGACCUGAAGAUAGCCCAGCAACUGGCCUCCGAGGCAGAGUCGGAGCAGAAAUGGAAGCAACUGGCGGAGCUCGCUACUACUAAGUGCCAGUUUGGCUUGGCGCAGGAGUGUCUGCACAACGCACAGGAUUAUGGGGGAUUAUUGCUGCUGGCCACCGCCUCGGGCAACUCCAACAUGGUUGGAAAAUUAGCCGAGGGAGCGGAAAGAGAUGGGAAGACCAACGUGGCCUUCCUCACCUACUUCCUGCAGGGACGAUUGGACAAAUGUCUGGACCUUCUCAUCGCAACAAAUCGGUUGCCAGAGGCUGCUUUUCUGGCACGAACAUAUCUGCCCAGCCAUGUGUCGAGGGUGGUGAAGCUGUGGAAGGAGAGCCUCUCGAAGGUCAACCAGAAGGCAGCAGAUGCUCUGGCUGACCCCUCCCAGUACAGCAACCUGUUCCCCGGCCUCCAGCAGGCGCUGCUGGCCCAGGAGUUUCUGAAGGACACUCAUGUUGGGAUCAGACCGGCUGCAGAGUACCCGCUCAUUAUGCCAAAUGAGAACCGUAAUGUUCUGGAGGAAUCUGCAGGGUUUGUGUCCAAAGGAGAGAUCGAUGAGCCAGAGGGAGGGGUGGAAAGCAUGAAUGAACCCAUGAUGGUAGCAGCGGUGACGGCAGCUGUUCUAGCAGAACCCGCAGCAAUGGAGGAACUUCUUCCAGUAAAACAGGAGAUUAUUGAACCUGUCCGAGCAACAGACGAAGAAUCCAUCCCAACAUCAGCAUCCCCUCUUCCUGUCACACUACCAGAAGAGCAUGUCGAGCCAAAACAAGCAGAGUCUGUGUCCUUUGACGAGGACAUCAUCUCUAACCCAGAGGAAGACAUUUUGGACUUCACCACAGAGACCCCCCCCACAGAGCCACAGAUGGUACAGCCCAGUCCUGUGGAAUAUGCCACGACCGUGCAUGUAUCUGAGACUCAUCGAAUCGAGACAACAUCAGAAACCAUCGUGGCAACAGAAGAAAUUGAGACGGUGGCAACGGAAACCAUAGCAACAGAGGAUGUCCUAGUUAGCACUGGGCUGAUAGUCGAUACUGAAGUAAUAGAAACUGGUAUUGAAGAACUGGACACACCUUUAAUCUCCAUAGAAGCAUCAAGCAUCUUAGAUACGGCAGCAGAGGAAACUCCUGUUACAGAGGAACUUGUUUCAGAAACAGCCACAUCAGCCGUAGCGGUGGAGGAGCUCAUCUCCUUUGAAAGCACCACCAGUCCAGAGUUGGAUGUGCCUGUCCAGGUCCAAACGUUUCCAGAUUCGGCCCUUGAUCCUCUGCUGGAGCCACUUGAAGAUACAAUGCCGACACUAAAGCCACUCCCCGCACAAGAACCAGAACAAGGUGAAGAAGUGACAGUGGAGCUGGAGCCUGCUGCGCCUCCACAGGCUGAUCCAGAGCUUUUACCCCCAGUAGCAGCUGCUGUAGAGGGGAAAGCAGCAGAGGAGAAGGAGUACGGAGCUGAAGGAGCUGAGGAACCACCAGAGGACCUCGAGGACGAGAUGAUUGAUGAGGGUCUGGAUGAUCUGGAUCUGGAUAAUUUUGACCUGGAAGACAUCGACACCUCGGACAUCAACCUGGACGAGGAUUUGAGUGAUUAGGAAAGAGGAAUGGUCCAAACUUUAUUUGAAUUCCUUCUCUCAGUGACCAAAGAACUCAAAGGGUUAAACGAGACCAUAACAAGUGAGCGGCAGACUAACAUGCCUUUAACAUUAAAUAACAAGCAUUGUGAACUGAUAUAGUAUAAGAUGUUCUGCUUUCGGUACAAUUGUGGAACUCUAGGACUACAUACAAGUAUAACAUCUCCAAGAAGGCUGGUUUAACCUCAAAUUAGGUGUGAGACCAAACCUAAGGAGUGUGCUAAUCAUGAAAAAUGUGUAAGGGACUCAAGUGUGUUGAAUGGGAAUUAGGGAUAAGGAAUAGAAAGGUGUUUGUUUAGAAAUAAGGGAUGCAUUGUCGCCGGUUAAAAAUAUCCAGCGAAGUCUUUUUUACACAUGUUUCUAUUUAAACAAUACUGCAAUAAUCAUGACAGCGUCUCAAAACACAUAUUUACGUAUCAUUGGUUUUUGAAAUUUGCACCAGCAUUAAAAGUAAUAAAUGUUACACUCUGUACUUCUUCUGCAUACCUCAGGACACUUCUGUGGAUCAGGGUGUUAUCCAAGCCAUCGAGGAAGUUUAAAUACUGCUUUCAUUCUUGAAGUAAAACUAAGUUUGGGUAUUCAGAGCGUUAUUUUUAGAUGUGUGUAAUUUUGUAAAUGGUUAACAAAUAUGCAAUUUUGACAAAUCCCCCAUUUGGUCAUAUGUGUUUAUUACCUCUUGGUUCAUGUUUACUUCUCACACCUUGUAUCCACACGUACCGCUGCUGCUGAGAUCUACAGUAUGUCUGUUAUAAGUGCCUUACAUGUGUACUUUUUUUAGAGGGUAUUCUCACCUUUUCUGUUUUUUUAAAAGAUGGAUGGUACUGUGUAUGUAUAGUUGAAAUUUGAAUAAAUAAGCUUCAAUCAA